CGGGGGAUGGGCCACCAGGAGCCCCCGCUGGCCCGAGUGCGGGCGGGAGGUGCGGCUUAUAUAAACAGGUUAUGUAAAGGUCUCAGCUGGCGCGAACACGUGGAGAGCCGCGGGAGUCCGGACACCCGGGUCCCCCGCGCGAGCGCCGCCGCCACCACCCGUGCUGCAGCAGGUUCCGGCGCACACCCGGCCGGACCCGCCGCCUCUCGCCCCGCUCCGUACCAGAGGCAGCCCUGGUCCGGAGCGGACCAUCCCCAGCCCCGGGCGCCAGGGGGGAAACGGGCCGCCCGGAAGUGGCGGGACGCCGGCCAGGUCACAAUCCAGGGUCCCGCUCCUCCGCGUCUCGGGGCCGGACGGAGGGAUGAGGCAGGGGGGACCCAGGCAGCACCGUUGCUGCUCCCCCCGCCGCCCGCAGCCAUGGAAACGGGGGAGGAGGACGGCGCCCGCAGAGGUACACAAAGCCCCGAGCGGAAAAGGCGAAGCCCAGUGCCGCGGGCGCCCAGCGCGAAGCUGAGGCCGGCGGCGGCCCAGGCCAUGGAUCCGGUGGCGGCCGAGGCCCCGGGCGAGGCCUACCUGGCGCGGCGGCGGCCAGAGGGUGGCGGCGGGUCGGCGCGUCCGCGGUACAGCCUGUUGGCGGAGAUCGGGCGCGGCAGCUACGGCGUGGUUUACGAGGCAGUGGCCGGGCGCAGUGGGGCCCGGGUGGCGGUCAAGAAGAUCCGCUGCGACGCCCCCGAGAACGUGGAGCUGGCGCUGGCCGAAUUCUGGGCCCUGACCAGCCUCAAGCGGCGCCACCAGAACGUCGUGCAGUUUGAGGAGUGCGUCCUGCAGCGUAACGGGCUAGCCCAGCGCAUGAGCCACGGCAACAAGAGCUCGCAGCUGUACCUGCGCCUGGUGGAGACCUCGCUCAAAGGAGAAAGGAUCCUGGGUUAUGCUGAGGAGCCCUGCUAUCUCUGGUUUGUCAUGGAAUUCUGUGAAGGUGGAGACCUGAAUCAGUACGUCCUGUCCCGGAGGCCGGACCCAGCCACCAACAAAAGCUUCAUGCUACAGCUCACGAGCGCCAUUGCCUUCCUGCACAAAAACCACAUCGUGCACAGGGACCUAAAGCCAGACAACAUCCUCAUCACCGAGCGGUCUGGCACCCCCAUCCUCAAGGUGGCAGACUUUGGACUAAGCAAGGUCUGUGCGGGGUUAGCCCCCCGAGGAAAAGAGGGCCAUCAAGACAGCAAAAAUGUGAAUGUGAAUAAGUACUGGCUGUCUUCAGCCUGCGGCUCAGACUUCUACAUGGCCCCCGAAGUCUGGGAGGGACACUACACAGCCAAGGCCGACAUCUUUGCCCUGGGCAUUAUCAUCUGGGCAAUGAUAGAAAGAAUCACUUUCAUUGACUCUGAGACCAAGAAGGAGCUCCUGGGGACCUAUAUCAAACAGGGGACUGAAAUCGUCCCUGUUGGUGAGGCGCUGCUAGAAAACCCAAAGAUGGAGUUGCAUAUCCCCCAGAAACGCAGGACUUCCAUGUCUGAGGGGAUCAAGCAGCUCUUGAAAGAUAUGUUAGCUGCUAACCCACAGGACCGGCCUGAUGCCUUUGAACUUGAAACCCGAAUGGACCAGGUCACAUGUGCUGCUUAAAAUUCAGGGCAAAGCAUCUUGAGUGUUUUUAAACUAGGUUGAUCCUCGGGACAAUGUCAUCGUGUCUCCCACAGAGGACGGCCGAGGGUGCAGAUGGUGGCUUGGUCAGUUGGUGAUCUCCCGACAGCUGGAUCUCCGGCAAUGUGAAGCUUUUAUUUGGGUUUUCCCCUCUCCUUUUAGUUCUGCUUAAUUUUUUAAAAUCUUAUUUUAUUUUUGUCUUUUUUUUUUUCCUUUUUUAAUUUAAACGAUUAAGACUUCAGAAGAGCAGGAAACUAUGCUGUGGAGAAACAACAUGGACAAAAGCAUAUGUAUAAAUGUCAUUUUUAAUUUUUGUAAGGGGUUAGGGAGCUAUCUUGUUUUGUUCCUUUAUUUUCCCCCUGUCGUCUUUGUUUUUACCCAUCCUUCCGUUCUGCUUAGAACACCUCACUUCCCCAGAGAAGGCAUGCCUCUCCGUGGAGAGCCGGGGUGGGUCCCGGCCCCGGAGGGUAAGGACACAAAGACAGAAGGCAGCCUGUAGGCCACCUCCCCCCACCACAGAUACGGGCACUGCUGGACUCUGGUGGGCUGCUCCCGGCCCACCCUCGGGCCUUAGAAAUGGUCAAAGGCGAAGAACCACCUGGAAGAGGAAGACAGGGUUUGGCCAGGAGGACUCAAGAAAGAAAGUCUAAACUGCGGGUUUGUCCUCUUUCAGCUGCUGGAAGCCCUGGACCACUCCAGGACUCCAGUGGUGGGAGUCCAUUCCCUCUUCUGCCCUUUAUAACUGGGAGUGCUGGGGGGACAAAGGUGACUAUCCCCCCCACUUCCCAGCAGCCGGGCUCCAGCCCAGCCCAGCUCUACAAGCCUACCUUUCUGUUAGUGGUUCCCCUCCCAAGGGAAGACCCCCAGGAAAAAAAAAAACUGUUGUGCCAAACCUCUGCCUGGGACACGGCUGGGGCUUCGGAGGGCAUCUGUCACUCCUGUGAGGUCAGCGUCCAUCACCUCCUGCCUCCUGGAUCGUCUCCUUCCCACGUGUGCCCGCCACGUGUCCCAGUUGUCACAGAGACUGCCUAAGUCCCUGAGAUCCGAUUGUGACCUGGCCAUAAGAACAGGGUGUGCUGAACUGGCUGCCACUCCUCUCCCUGCAGUGAAGCGUGUGCCCUGCAUGUGGGCCCGUGGUGUCCCAGCUGGCAGCGACGUCAAGCACCGCCUCCAUCAUGCCCAGGGACUCGCUGUGAGGUGCCCUCCCUCAGUGCACACAUGUCUGGUGGGACAAGAUUGGACCCACCAAGAGCAGGGAGGGGAGGACGGGGUGGACACCACCACCACCACUGCUGCCAUCGCCACUUCCCCCACCCCCGCAGCUGUCAGGUGCCCAUGCGUGGCCUGCCACCCUCAAGCUUCCCCAGUGUGACCCUGUUGACCUCAGCACCAAUGCCUGUGCGGUCAUCCCACGCUCUCCAGCAGGCACAUGCCGCUCCCUCGUCUCGGGCUUCUGAACCUGAGGGUUUGCCUCACUCCACCCCACCCCCAACAUCGCAGAGGCAGGUGGCUGGCCCCAUGUCGUCCCUCUCACCUGAAAGCUCCUGGGGCUCCUCCAGAGGCUUUACCCCCAUGACGACCAACUAGAACAGGGUCUUGGGGAAGGGGAAAGGAAAUUCGUUAGGUUUGUUUUUCGUUUUCUCUAAACCAGCAUAGGAUCGAUAGGGGAAGUGGUCAGAGGGCAUUCAGGUUAGUGUGUGAUCGGGGUGGGGGGGCUCCCCACCCCACCCCGAGCUGCAGUCCUUCGGCCCUGGGCAUUUGGGAGAGACCAGUGCGACACCGGCCUAAACUUGCGAACUCACCACACGUUUGCUGGCAUUCUCUUGCCUCUUAGACCCCUCACAUCCCGAGGCUGCUGCUUCCUCCUGGGCAGACUGUUGGCUGCGGUGAGCAGGGGUGCAGGUGGGAGGCAUGCCCUUCCUUGUGAAAUCCUUGGUGCCUCUCCGUCCCUUGUCUCUCCCGCUUCUCAGGCCACUAGAGUGUGCCCUGAGCCGCCUCCUUCCCCUUGGGGGCAGCAGAUGGGAAAAACAGUCCCCCAGUCCCCUCACCACCACUCGCAAGGUGUUCCCUUGGCUUUAACUUUGCCUCUGCCCUCCCUGGGUCUCUAACGUCCAUCAGAUCAGGUCUUAGAGCUUUGGAGCUGCAACCAUCCCCCUUCGUUUUUCUCUUGGUGUCAGUGUAGCCCCCGAGGGUCACAGGAUGUCUCUGCCUUUUGGGCAAGGCAGGCAGCCUGGGAAGGCUAGCCCGUAUCAUGCAGGACCCGGCCUACCCUUGCUUGGUGGCAGGGCCUCCUUCCCUGGCUCACGAUGGCCAGCUCAUUAGCCCCAAGUGCCUGUCUCUCCCUCCUGCCCCCUCAGCCACCCCCCACUUUGUCCACGUCGGGUGCCCAGCCAGCCAGGUGGACGUCAGCCCAAGGUGAACGCCGGCUCGGCCCCCGGCCAGUGGACUAGUCUUGGUUGGACCUGGGUAGCUCCCAUGUGCUUCUCAGCCACCUUCCCCCUGUCCUAUUGUGGGCCAGCCUCCUGCCUCUUCAUCCUCUGCACCCAGGGCCCAGUGCCACCACGUUCGUAAGGCCUGUGCAAGUUCUAGGAGUCUCCACACCUUGAAAUAGCAGUCAUUCUCAUCUCCUUGGAUCUGUGAAACGGUUAGCCCAUAGCGGGGAGGUUCUGGGCCGGAGACUGGUGGGUCUGGAGCUCAGCCUCCCCCCAGCAAGAGGACUCAGCAAGACAGAUCCUAGUGCCUUAUUCCACUGCCCUCCUUUGACCUGACCUGCUAGCUCAGCUAGAAGUCCAUGGCAUCCUCCUCCCUGUCUAUGUCCGUCUGUCACUUAACCUCUCACUCCCACCCACAGAGAGCCUCGAGGGAAUCGUCCCCCCUGCCCCAUCCUUCCCCGAGGGCUGCAGCCAGGCCCAGGGCUCCUGCCACCACCGAGACACUAAGAGCAGCUUUAGCAGAGGACAGAACAACCGCGUUUCCACCAGCUGGCCGCUCUCUGCCUCUCACUACCCAGCAGGCCCCCUGCCUCUUACCUCUAUAGCCAGGAGGAUGCCGCCGUUUUUCCAUUCAAGGCUGGCUCCAUCUGACUCCUUUCUGGGCACCAGGGACGAAGGGCGCAGGCCUUUGCCCCCGAUGGCUGCCUUUCUGAGGGCGUGUAUUUAAUGUUUACUUGAGAAAUGCCCUGUUUACAGCUGGAGGAGAAACUUGCCCAACACUGGCGGAUGUCAGGCUCCUGAUGGGGCCUGGCCUCCUCUCUGGCACUGCCAGUAGAGGUCCCAGAGCAAAUGAAGGUGGAGCCUGCAGGGGCACUUGCCCCGCACCCCCUCUGCCCCCUGACCCUGCGGUGCUAAGACCACUCCCCACCACCUUCCUCGCAGCCUUCCUUCCCCUGGACAUUCCCCGCCUCUACCAUUCCCUCCCUCCAAGGUUCUCUGCUCCUUGACAUAUCCGCUGUCUCCUAGAAAACCAGUGUUUGGAGCAAUAAGAUAAUUUUUGCUUGAGUCUUUUUUUCUGAGCAAAAGUAAAGAGCUGGCAUUGGAGGAACGUUCUUUCUUUGCCUUUGCAGUUUACCUUUUAGAAGACAGAUCUUAACAGGAUGGAUGUUUGGGUUUCAGCCUCAGAGUAUCUUUUGGAAACUUGUAACAGAGGAGUUGGGCCUCCAUCCCCUAAGAAGGGGUCCCCCCUAACUCUCUGCCCUCCCCUUGCUCCAUGCUGCCUGGGCUCUUGGCCCUGCCCACCAUGGGCACCUGCCACCUCCGAUCCUCCUUGUGCCCCCCCCCCCAUACUCACCCAUCUGGGGGCACUGGUGGCUUCUGGGGCAUUGCUUCCCCCUGACUCCCUUCCUCUCCCUCGGCCUGCGUGGUGGCCCCCAGAUCACAGUGCUCCUGGAGUCACCUGGGAACUGUCAGCCUGAUCUCCUGAGGCUGAGGCCUGGAGAAGGCACCUUGGCUGUCCUCCCACACUGGGCGGAGGUACAGCCUCUGGGACACCAGACCCGUCUCUGAUCCUGCCUGCUGGGCUUGGAGCACAGGGACUCCCGUCUGGAGAGAUGCCCUCAGAGGGGAAGCGAGGAGGUGGGACAGGACCGUUGGCAAAUAAUGUAAGCUCCCCCAGCCACCAUCGAGAGGAGAAUCCACUCCCGUUGGUUGCCUGGAGGCCCCACAUCUCCCAGGAGGGAGUUUGUUCAGGAACAUUUUGAAGAACUCUUCUGUGCCCCUGGGGGCGUCUUUCAUUAGAGCAGGGGAGUAUGGGGCCCCAACUGAACAGGCAUGGGGGGCCAACUUGGGUUUGAGGGAGGCACAGGGUAACCCAGGCACAAAGUUAGCUUCAAAUACUAGUUAAUAAAUCUAUUUUUCUUUAUUUUCUUUUUUUGCACAGAAGCUGGUAAUCUAGGACCUACGUGUGAACAACUUUAUAUGAAUAUUUUUUGUACUUGGUUUACUUGGGUUGGUAUGAUACAUUAUAUUUAAGUUCCUUGAACACUGUGGAUCCCCCUAAUGUGUAUGAAUGACUGAGGCUUUGUAAAUUAUGGGACGUUUGUGUGAAUAAAGUUAUUUGAUGGGGUCAGAGAAGCCAUA